UAUACCAAGGGCAACAAAGUGACACUGUCUCAAAAAAAAAAAAAAAAUUAGCUGGGUGUGGUGCCAUGCACAUGUAGUUCUAACUACUUCAGAGGCUGAGGUGGGAGGAUCUCAAGCCCAGGAGUUCAGUGUUAGGGUAGAUGAUGGAGCAAGACCCCGUCUGUUUAGAUGAAGUAUUACAUUUGUAAUGAAAGAUAAAACUGGGGCUUGGCACCUGUAGCUCAAGCGGCUAAGGCGCUAGCUACAUACACCAGACCUGGUGGGUUCAAAUCUAGCCCAGGCCUGUCAAACAAUGACAACUACAACCAAAAAAUAGCCAGGCGUUGUGUUGGGUUCCUGUAGUCCCAGCUACUUGGAAGGCUGAGGCAAGAGAAUUGCUUAAGCCAAGGAGUUGGAGGUUGCUGUGAGCUGUGAUGCCAUAGCACUCUACAGAGGGUGAUAGCUUGAGGCUCUGUCUCAAAAACAAAAAACAAAAAAAAGAAAGAUAAAACUGGAGAGAUAAGUAGGCUCACAUCUUAAAGCCACAUGAAAGAAUUUAGACUUGAUCCUGAAGAGAAUGAGAAGACACUCAAUUGUUUUAAAUGGUAAUAAAAUUGGAUUUAUGUCUUGGACUUCAGGGUGGACAGCCUGAAGGGGAACAGAAGCCUGGUUAUAUUCAAUGGUGGAGACUUGAACUAAGGGAGGUAGGGCUUGGAAAGCCUUGAGUGUAUUAUAGAUAAUUACGAGGUAAAUAACCCCUGUAAGAUGGCCCACAUCACAAAGCCCCAAAGCAACAGAUGCUAGUGUGGGUUCAGAGAGAAGGGAAUAUUCAUACACAGUUGGUGAGACUGCAAACUAGUACAGUCUCUGUGGAAAGAAGCAUGGAGAGUCCUCAAAGAAGUAAAAAUAGGCCUACCAUUUGAUCCUACAAUCCCAUUACUAGGUAUAUACCCAAAACAAAAAAAGUCAUUUUACCAUAAGGACAGUUGUGCUCAAAUGUUUAUAGCAGCUCAAUUCACAAUUGCAAAGAUGUGCAAACAACCUUCAACACAUGAAUGGAUUAAUUGACUAUGGAAUAUGUCUACCAUGGAAUACUACUCAGCUAUGAGAAAAGGAGAUUUCAUAUCUUUUGUAACAACCUGAAUGGAUUUGUUUUGUUAUUGUUGUUUUUCGAGAUAUAGUCUCACUCUAUUGCCUUGGGUAGAGCGCCAUGGCAUCAUAGCUCACAACAACCUGAAACUCCUGGUCUUGAGCCAUCCUCUUGCCUCAGCCUCCCCAGUAGCUGGGACUACAAGCAUGCAUCACCAUGUCCAGCUAGUUUUUCUAUUUUUACUAGAGAUGGGAUCUUGCUCAGACUGGUCUUGAACUCCUGAGCUCAAGCAGUCCUCUUGCCUCAGCCUACCAGAAUGUUAGGAAUAUAGGCAUGAGCCACCAUGCUUGGCCAACCUAACUGGAUUUGCAGAACAUUAUCCUAAGUGAAGUAUUACACACAUUCAGUACUUAAUUAAAAACAGUAGAUGAACAACUAUGUGCUCACAUGGGAGAAAAACUCAAUUAAAUCAAGUAAGGGAGGCUCAGGGCCUAUGGCUCAAGGGGCUAAGGCGCCAGCCACAUACAUCUGAGCUGGUGAGUUCGUAUCCAGCCCGGGCCCCCUAAACAACAAUGACAGCUGCAAUCAAAAAAUAGCUGGGCGUUGUGGUGGGCACCUGUGGUCCCAGCUACUUGGGAGGCAGAGGCAGGAGACUCACUUGAGCCCAGGAAUUGGAGGUUGCUGUAAGCUGUGAUGCUACCUCACUCUACCCAGGGCAACAGCUUGAGGCUCUGUCUCAAAAAAAAAAAAUUCAAGUAAGGGGAUGGGGAGAAGGAGUUGGGUAAAUUUCCAUCCAUAGGGUACAUUGCAUGGGUAUAAUGCACACUUCCUGGGUGUGCAUUAUACAACCUGGAUUUUAACCUUAUAAAAGCAAACUGUAACCUAAUGGUAUGUACCCCAAUAUUAAUCUGAAAAGAAAAAAACAAAUGGAAAAAAAUUAGAUUGUUUGUUUGAAAAUAAAAUAAAAGCUCAGUGCUUCUCAGAAGCAAAGAUUUGGAUUUUUUUUUUUUUCUGAAUCUCACUUUGUCACUCUUGGUAAAGUGCCAUGGUAUCAUAGUUCACAGUAACCUCAAACUUUUGGGCUCAAAUGAUUCUCUUGCCUCAGCCUCCCGAGUAGCUGGGACUACAGGCGCCUGCCACAAUGCCUGGGUAUUUUUAGAAACAGGAUCUCACUCUGGUUCAGGUUGGUAUCAAAUGCUUGAACUCAAGCAAUCCACCUGCCUCAGCCCCUGUGGAAUUUGGAUUUUGAGACUAUAGUCUUCAUUUUCCUCCUUUGCUAACGAAGUAAUAAAUUUCUCUUCCCUUCUCAAAAAAACGAAAAUUAGAAAGUCAGAAGGUAGAAGAGACAGGAUUUGAUGAUAGACUGGAUUUAGGGACCAGGGCAUAGUGAAGAGUCUGGAGACAUUUGGGUAACAUAUGAUCCAAGUACUCAACACACUGUCUAGUACAUUGUAGAUGUUGAAUAAACACGAAGGGGCUGAAUCUGUAGAGGGAGUCUCACCAGACUGUGGAAGCUCCCUUCAGGAAUCAGUAUGUUCCAAAUUGCACUUCACUCAAGCUUUGUGGCCAAUGAUGGUUAGAAGGUAGAUUGUGAUGUGUGUGGAACAUGGUACUCUGGGGAAUUCUGUAACCAAGAGAAAGAAGUAACAACAGCUAGUGGAGACACAAAAGAACUGCUUCUCCUUUCUUUUCCCCUCCAAGUUCCUAGUGGAGGGCUGAGCCCAGCAUCCCAGACUUGUGUGACUACAUAGGCAAGCAUUUAGAAACUAACUCACUUUGGUACCCUAGCCUUCAGUGGCUCAAAGUGUUGGUCUGUGAGUAGACAGGAGGCUUGCAAGUAGCAAAGCUCCCUGUUCUCAGCAAGCCCAACACCAUGGGGAAGGGAGAUGCCUUAGAGGCACAACCAACUAGUACAGCUUACCGUUCUGUCAUGGAGGAGUAUGGUUACGAGGUGGGCAAGGUCAUUGGCAACGGCUCCUAUGGUACGGUGUAUGAGGCUUACUACACAAAGCAGAAGGUCAUGGUAGCUGUCAAGAUCAUCUCAAAGAAGAAGGCCUCUGAGGACUAUCUUAACAAGUUCCUGCCCCGUGAGAUACAGGUAAUGAAAGUCUUGCGGCACAAGUACCUCAUCAACUUCUAUCAGGCCAUCGAGACCACAUCCCGAGUAUACAUCAUUCUGGAGCUGGCUCAAGGUGGUGAUGUCCUUGAAUGGAUCCAGCGCUAUGGGGCCUGCUCUGAGCCCCUUGCUGGCAAGUGGUUCUCCCAGAUGUCCCUGGGCAUCGCCUACCUGCACAGCAAGGGCAUCGUGCACCGCCUGACCCCCAGCCUUUCUGCUGCUGGUAGGGACUUAAAGUUGGAGAACCUGUUGCUGGACAAGCGAGAGAACGUGAAGAUAUCAGACUUUGGCUUCUCCAAGAUGCUGACUCCUAACCAGCCUGUGCGUAGUAGCCCUUCUUACCGCCAACUGAACUGCUUUUCCCACCUCAGCCAGACCUACUGUGGCAGCUUUGCUUAUGCCUGCCCGGAGAUCUUGCUAGGCCUGCCCUACAACCCUUUCCUCUCCGACACCUGGAGUAUGGGCGUCAUCCUCUACACUCUAGUGGUUGCUCGUCUGCCCUUUGAUGACACCAAUCUCAAGAAGCUACUGAAAGAGACUCAAAAGGAGGUCACUUUCCCAUCUAACUACACCAUCUCUCAGGAGUGCAAGAACCUGAUCCUCCAGAUGCUACGCCAAGCUACCAAGCGUGCCACCAUCCUGGACAUCCUCAAGGAUCCCUGGGUGCUCAAGUUUCAGCCUGAGCCACCCACCCAUGAGAUGAGGCUGCUUGAGACCAUGUGCCAACACCCUAGCAACACUCAUCACCAAUCCUUGGAAAUCACAACCUGAAAAUGGCUGAGGGAGAGGGCUGAGAGAGGAGCAAAGUAGGAGGGUCUGGAGCUAAAAAUCUUUUAUAGCAAAAAAUAAAUCUAAUUCUGAUUUAGUU